UUCACACAGUUUAGUCCUUUAAUCUGAAUCAGCUGAUUGCGCAAGUGUCUGAAGAAGAAAAUCUUCUUUUAUUAUAGAAAAAAUUAAAUUUAUUAUUAUAAAAUAAUGUCAAUUAAAUAUUUAUUUGAAAUCAUACGAUUAUAAUAAUCUGUUCAACAGAUUAUCGUCAUAUUCCUGAUGAAACGCUCCUGUAAUGAAAAUUUUAACUUUAAAAAAUGUCAAAUAACACGUGCCAAAUUGAACAAUGAUAAAAUCUCUGGAGGAUAAUAAGAAAUUUUCUUCUUAAUGACACGUAACGAUAUAACCUCAAAAAUAUUCUUUUUGUUGGGAAAUAAAUAUAAUAAAAUUAAAACAAAUUAUUUAUUUCUUUUUUAAAAUUAUGACAUAGCAAUAGACAGCUUCUUAUAGAAUUCUAGAAUGUCUAGUUUAAUAAAUUUAAUAAAUUUAGAUACAGCUUCUCAUUAUAUUAACGAGGUUAUUUUGUACUGGUGGUGGUACAUAAUUGAGAUCUCAUGGCAGCUUUUAAUAGCAUUCGUAGCAUAUAUUUGCACUUGUGUAUUUCUUUAUUUUGUUUUAAAACAAGUGAAUCAUAAAGCAUGGCAAAUACCAGGUCCACCAAACAGAAUAUUGCUCUUAAUAGCACAUCCAGACGAUGAGGUCAUGUUUUUUGGACCUCUCAUUUAUUGGUUGGUUCGAAUGAAAGCUAGCCAGAUUUAUAUUCUUUGCUUUACUAAUGGUGGAAAUAAAGAAAGAAAAGAGGAGCUUUGGGAAUGUGCAAAAAAAUUGGGUAUAUCAGAAGCUAAUAUUACAAUUUUAAUGUACACAGAAUUACCUGAUGAUGCAAGGGUACAAUGGUCAGAAACUUUAGUGGCAGAUAAUAUUUUACACUAUAUUGAACUCUAUAAAAUAAAUGCAGUUAUAACGUUUGAUAAAUAUGGAGUUAGCAAACAUAAAAAUCAUAUAUCUCUUUUCUAUGGAAUGGCAUCCUUAUGCAUGGACCGAAAAGUUCCCGCCUAUUGUAAAUUAUAUGUUUUGGAGAGUGUAAAUAUUUUAAGAAAAUAUACACAAAUACUUGACCUGCCAAUUAGUUUAUUGUCUGCUUCCUAUUGGUAUAUGGUGACGUAUGAUCAAAGACAAUACAUAAAGAAAGCUAUGAAAGAACAUAAAUCACAAUAUGUUUGGUUUCGUAAACUUUACAUGAUUUUUUCGAGAUAUACUUUAAUUAAUACAUUUCAAGAAGUGAAUUUUUUGGAUUUAGAACUUGACCUUCAAUUUGAAGAAGACUAAUUUUUAUAUUAGUAUUCGUAUUUAAUUGUAAAUAGUUGUCACUAAUAUAAAUGAUUCUGUACAAAAUAAAAAUUUAUGUUUACUUAAUA